CUCUGUGUGUGUGUACAAAGAGAGGAAGCAGGAGAGAGAGGGAGAGAGGGAGAGAGAGAGAGAGACAGAAGGAUGAAGGGAGGAGGGAUUUAAUCUUCUGUGGAUUAUUGUAUAAACCGGUCCCAGAUAAGCAGAACAGAUACUGUCAGGAGAGGAAGUUCCACUUUCCCUUUCUUCCCUCCAUCCCUCCGUCUAUCCCUCCAUUCAUCCAUGGGACGCUCCACCUAGCUUUGUGUGUGAGUGUGUGUGUGUGUGUGUGUCUCUCUCUCUCUCAUCUCACUCGGAGCGCUGGAGUCCUCCUGGAGCAAGAGGGCUAAUUGGUCCAGCAGCGCGAGAUCAAUUACCACGGAAGAAGUUCUCAGUGCUUUGGAUGCAGCGGGAAUUCUCUCCUCCUUCAGACUGCACUCUUUGAAUUGGCUUGUGCGUGUUUGCGUUUUGUGUGUGUGUGUGUGUGUGUGUGUGUGUGUGUGUGCGUGUGUGUGUGUGUUCUUAUGUGUGCUUAACCAUCACACGCCGGAUUACUUACUGGGAGUGAAGGCAGGGGAAUUGCGCCGGGACCUCGGCAGUCUUUGAACCUCCGCUCCUCUACCUUUACCUUGGGAUCUUGUGGAUGGGAGGAGGAGGAAGAGGAGGAGGAAGAGGAGUGCGGGGGAGCGAGCCGGCUGACAGGAGCACAGCAGGAGGCGAAGGGAAGAGGGAGGAGCAUCGCUAUGGGGAGCGUCUGCUGCCGCUCCUGCCGUGCACAGGUGAAGUCUGACCCUGAAGACAGGAUCCGUGGGGACUGGACGACGCCGAUCUACAGCUGUACCUUCCUCAGUUGACCCCGAGGACACAGAGUGUCUGUCUGGCUGCCGGGGGUUCAGCCAGGUUGUAUGAGGCGAUAGUUGUCUGUCACUUGGUCCCUUCAGAGGCUUCACUUCUGAUCACCGGCUCAUGAUGCCGAGACUUUGGAAAGAUGCAGCAACACGUGACUGAUGGGGUUUAAUCGUUGAUAAAACAAUGCUGCGUCUACCAGCCACCUCGGACGUGUGCAGCUGAUUGUAAAGACUGACAUGUUGGGAGCUGAACUUUUGCCUCCAGAAUAUGUUGUUUUUAUACUCCUCACCAACAUACUUUUGAGCUCUUUCUGUUUGUACAAUUAGACCUGGUGGUCAAAAUCUUUCUGGAUCGUUCUGGAUAUUGUUCACUCCUCCUAAUAAGCCGAAUCGGUUUGACUGUAUUUCAGCAGUCAGUGAUUAUAAAGACUUUUUAAACAGCGUAGAUCCACACUUAACUGGAGACAGUUUGUCUGUACAUGAAGCUCUCUAAAAACCUUGGACAGGAGCUUUGGACCUUGUUUUCAAAAGCCUCGCGGUGCCACCGGCUGCUACAGGGAUGAGGCGCCAGAGCCGGGCCGGCGCCGGGCAUGCUGGGAAACGUAGUCCGGCCGGAGCGGGAGCGAGCGUGGCGCGGGGGGGAAGGAGACGAACGCCGCUGCUGUGGGCCGCGGUGUUCGUCUGUCUCUGGCUCGGCGCUCAGGCCCAGAUGAAGAUCCCCCCGGAGACGGUGCAGCAAUGGGCCGAGACGUUUGGAAAGCAAUUACUCGCUCUGUCCAGCAGAUACUCUGGAGCCAAACUACUGCAGAAGAAGUACAAAGACAUCGAGGGGGUCGUGAAGAUGGAGGAGGUGGACGGCCAAGAGAUGGUGAAGAGCUUUGCAGAGGAGAUGGAGGAGAUGCUUGGGAGGAAGAUGAAAUCUGUCAAGAGACUGGCGGAGGCAGCAGAAGACGCUGAUCUCUACCACGAGUUUAACGAAACGCUGGAGUUUGACUACUACAACUCUCUGAUGAUCAACAAAGUGGAUGGAAAUGGGAAUCCAGUGGAUCUAGGGGGGGAGUUCGCUCUAGAGGAGAACGAACACUUCAACAAGCUUCAGGUCAACACCAUGAUGAGUGACAUACAAGUCCCUACCAACGUCUUUAAUAAAGACCCUGGUAUUUUAAACGGAGUGUAUAUGUCGGAAGCUCUAAACGAUGUAUUCGUCGAUAACUUCCAGAAGGAUCCGACCCUCACCUGGCAGUACUUUGGUUCCGCUACAGGCUUCUUCAGACUAUAUCCAGGGAUUAAGUGGACUCCGGAUGACAAUGGGGUCGUGACCUUUGACUGCAGGAACAGGAACUGGUACAUCCAGGCAGCCUCUUCCCCUAAAGACGUGGUGAUCGUGGUGGACGUGAGCGGAAGCAUGAAGGGCCUCAGACUGACGAUAGCCAAGCACACCAUCAACACCAUCCUGGACACGCUGGGCGAGAACGACUUUGUCAACAUCAUAGCUUAUAGUGACUACGUAAGUUAUGUGGAGCCAUGCUUCAAGGGCACGCUGGUACAAGCUGAUCUGGACAACAGAGAGCAUUUUAAGAUCCUGGUGGAAGGCCUCCAUGUUAAAGGAGAGGGCAAAGUAAAGAAAGCCAUGAAGGAGUCCUUUAAGAUCCUCAACCAGGCCUCAGCACAGGGCCAGGGCAGUUUGUGUAAUCAGGCCAUCAUGCUGAUAACCGACGGAGCCAUGGAAGACUUCCAGGAGGUCUUUGAAGAGUUCAACUGGCCCGAGCGCAGGGUACGGGUUUUCACCUAUCUGAUUGGACGAGAGAUGACCUUUGCCGAUAACGUGAAAUGGAUCGCAUGCAACAACAAAGGUUACUACACACACAUCUCAACACUGGCUGACGUGCAGGAGAACGUCAUGGAGUACCUCCACGUGCUCAGCCGACCGAUGGUGAUCAACCAUGACCACGACAUCAUCUGGACGGAGGCCUAUAUGGACACUGUGCUGUUUAAUAGCCAGGCUCAGAGCUUACUUCUGAUGACCUCAGUGGCCAUGCCGGUCUUCAGCAAGAAACAAGAAACGUUAUCCCACGGUAUCCUGCUGGGAGUGGUGGGAACGGAUGUGGCUCUCAGAGAACUGAUUCGGCUAGCGCCCAGAUACAAGCUGGGUAUCCAUGGUUACGCCUUCCUCAACACCAACAACGGCUACAUCCUGUCUCACCCUGAACUACGACCUCUGUAUAAAGAGGGCAAGAAGCUCAAGCCGAAGCCGAACUAUAACAGUGUUGAUCUGGCAGAGGUGGAGUGGGAGGACACUGAAGAGGCAUUGAGGACAGCCAUGGUCAAGGGAGAGACUGGAUCACUAUCUCUAGAUGUGAGAACAUCCGUGGACAAAGGGCGGAGAGUGAUGUUCCUGAGGAAUGAGUACUACUACACGGUGAUCAACGAGACCCCGUUCAGUCUGGGAAUAGUGCUGACCAAUGGACAUGGGCAAUAUAGAUUCAUCGGAAAUGUCUCGGUGGAAGAGGGUCUUCAUGACCUGAUAGCUCCCGACCUCACCAUAGCGACUGAGUGGACCUACUGUGAGACGGACAUCGACCCCUCCCACCGGAAGCUGACCCAGAUGCAGGCGAUGGUGCGCUACCUGACCGGGAAGGAGCCCGACCUGGAGUGUGACACGGACCUUCUGGGUCAGACUCUGUUCGAUGCCGUUGUCACUGCGCCGAUGGAGGCAUACUGGACCGCCCUCAUGCUCAACAGCUCCAGCAUGGACGAGGGCGUGGAGACCGCCUUCCUGGGGACUCGGACAGGACUGAUGAGGGUUCAGAGAUACGCCGGCAUCGAGAAGCGCGUCGCCAACACCUUUCUGACGCCGGCAGACAAGCUGAACAUCUUCACCCUGGACCACUUCCCCGUGUGGUACCGGAGGGCCGCGGAGGUCCCAGCAGGGCAGUUCCACUACUACCUGCCUAGAGAGGACACCCGAGAUGCCUUUAGAGACUAUGAGGCGGACUAUAGCGCCUCCGUCACGAGGGCGGAGCGGCGGCGCCGGGAGAGGGCGUGGCAGCGCCUGCGCAAACAGGCGGAGGAGGGAGCCAAGAUCGUGAUCGCUGCCACAGCCGUCAGCGUGACCGUGGGGAAGAAGACCGCCAUCGCUGGAGCCAUCGGGGUACAGAUGACGUUGGAUAUGUUGGAGUCCAAGUUCAUGACCAUCGCUGCUCAGCCUAACGACACUGACUGUUCCACCACAGAGGGAGUGUGUCCACUUCGCUGUGACAGCUACGAUAUCGCCUGCUAUCUGAUCGACAACAAUGGUUUCGUCAUAAUUUCUAAGGAGCGCAAUGACGCUGGGCGGUUCUUCGGGGAGGUGGAUGGAUCUGUGAUGACGACACUGAUCAGGAUGGGCAUGUUCAAAAGGGUGUCUUUGUUUGACUACCAGGCUAUGUGUAAGAUGAACCUCCAUUCAUCCAACAGUGCACGGCCACUACUCAGUCCGUUCUAUGGGUUGGCUUCCGCCCUCAACUGGUUUCUCUCCAACUUGCUGCUCUUCCUGUUGGAGUUCAAUCUCUGUGGCCUUUGGCACGCGGACCAUUUCGCUGACGCCAAGGCGUCGUUCUCCGUGUCCUCCUCCCAUAAGAAGCGCGGGGACAUCCUUCAGCCGUGUGACACAGAGUACCCCAGCUUCCUGCACGAGCCGUCAAUCAAAGAGACCAACAGCCUCAUCAAGUGUGGCCGAUGCCAGAAGAUGUUUGUGGUGCAGCAGGUCCCAGACAGCAACCUGCUGAUGCUGGUGGUACAGGCUGACUGUGACUGCUCCAGGCAGUACCCACCAAUCACCAUGGAGCCCAUGGAGGUCAAAUAUAACGCCUCAGUGAAGUGCAACAGGAUGAAGUCACAGAAGGUCCGCCGUCGCCCGGAGUCCUGCCACGCCUACCACUCACAGGAGAACGCCAAGGACUGCGGCGGGGCCUGCAUCAUCUCCCUCUCCGUGUCGCUCUUCCUCCUCUGUCUCUCCUCCUCCACGCUGAUCUCUCGAUGACCGGGGUCUUCGUCGUCUGGUUCGGGCGAUAUCGUGCCAUGUCACACCUUGGACAUUGUUUACACUGCAGGUUACUAUGAAACUUCUCCCAACGGGGGAUGAACUGAACCGUCCUUCGUGGAUACGUGCACUUCCGGUCCGCCGUGGAGGAGCUGCCGUCAGUCAAACAUUGGGAACGGGACGUGAUCACCCUCUGCUGGAGAGACAGUGAAACAACAGGUCGGGUUUGAGAUGAUGUCCUGAACUGAAGGGCAGCAGUGCUCCGCUCUGAAGUCACCUGCCCAGGGAGGGAUCAGAGACGAUCAGACGACUGGUUGCAGCGGCCUUUGAAUGUAAAUAAAUAGUGAUCAUGGCACCCAGUCUCCCUGGAGUUUUACACAUUGUCCAAUCAGCAACGACUUGCCUCUGAGGAGAAGAGCAGCCACUUCCAGGAGGAAGUGAUCUCGAGGCAUGCUUUGUAUGAUUUGCUGUUGUUUGCAAUUACUUCUGCAUUCCUUGGUGGUCAAGGGCUGGAGGCUCAAUGCUUAGAGUAGGAUUCUGAAUUACUUUGUUUUUUCUUUAUGUUUAAUAGAAAUACCGUAGUAAAACGUCUCAGAUAUGACCACAUUGGCAAGGGCUGUGGGUGACACAUUUUUAGCGGCAAAAAUAUGAAUCAGCAUAUAAUUAUUGCAACAAAAAAACUCUUGAUAAUGUCAAUCCCUUUAAAAAUGUUGCUGUCUGUCCAAAUGUCUGUCUGUGGGCCAGUUUGCAUAGUGAGCACAGACAUUGAAACCCCUUUAAAACAUUGUUUUGGAAAGAAAUAUAUGAUCAUUUACAUUUCUACUUUCUGAAAUAUAUUUCUUUCUUUCUUUUUUUUUUUUACAUCUGAGCAAGACUGAAUGUAUGUGUGCACUCAGUGGCUCAAUGCAUCUAACGGAUUUCCCUGACAUAUGAUUAUGGAGCAGUCUUUACAACUCUGAUUCUGAUUGCACUCAUUCAUUAUUGUAUGUCUACUUGCAUGUUUUAAACAUAAGCGAUUUUGGGCAACAAGUGGCAACCUAGCGCUUUAAAAAACAAUAGUCAUGAGAUUUUGUACUUGCCUAAUUUAAUUUUGCAUGCAUUCAGGAUUAUCUGAUUUCACUCUUAAUUUAUCUGGAAUGUGUGUGUGUGUGUGUAAAAGAGUGUGUGUGUGUGAGAGAAAGAGACAUGCAUGUGGCGUGCAUGUGUUUAUGCUAGUGUGUGUGUGUGCAUGUGCGUGUGUGUGUGCGGAUGUGUUUGUGGUAAUGCAGGUGUGUUUCGUGCAGCAGGUAGUCCAGGCGCUGCAUAAUGUAAACCUUCUGUGUCUUGCUGAGAAUACAAAAAAACAUGUUUCUCUUUCUGCACCGCAUUGUAUAAUUUUACUUUAAAUGUAAUUCUUUGAUUUAAGUCUGUAUUAAGAAGUAAAUUGGUUCCCCAUUA